AGGUUUUAUUUUCUUUAUUCUUCUGGACUUGGAGUUCUUGUCAUAGCAUCUUCAGAAAGUACAUCAAAGAACAUGGGCCACUCUCCAUACAUUGCACGGCCCACUAAACGAAGCUCAAGGACAGUAAUGAAAUUAAGUUUAAAUAACAGACUAUACCUAUAUAUCCAUUUAAUUAUAAGCAAAUUAAAAUCAAUAUUGUUCAUGGGGAUACAGAGAUAUUUAAAAAAUAAGAUUUUUAAGUUACAAACAAACAAACCAACAUUUUUAUAUUUGCGUAAUAACUGGACGUCUUAUGAGCCCGUGCGGGUAUUUACUAUCACCACCCCGCCCGUAUCUGCCGUGAAGCAGUAAUGUGUUUUGGUUCGAAGGAUGAAACAGUUAUUGUACUGAAAAAACGGAGACCUAGAACUUUUACGUCGUAGCUGUCUAUGGGCUCCAGUAACCACUUAACACCAGGUGGGCCGUAAACUCGUCCAUCCAUCUAAGCGCUAAAAAAAACGUAUUCACAAACAAACUUAAUGAAAACGUAAUUGGUUGUCAUAUUGUGAAUAUUAUAAGAACAUUUUCCUUAAUAAAGAAAACUAGUAUUUAAUUAUAAUAAAACUGAGGACAAGUCAAACUUAAUCAUCAGGCCUCAAACUAGGAAGUCCUGUAAUAUUGUAAUUCCUGUUUUUAAAAACGCAUGACAAAGAUCAAAAAACCUGUUCAUGAUACGAAUGUUUGCCCGAUGUGACUAUCGAACCCACGACUGGUCUGACAGUUAGAAGCGCUAACUGAACCACGAAACUAGUUAGUAUAUAAUUAAAUUAACAGAAAACUUCUAAAAUCCUUAAUACAACAACGAUAAGUUGAAUAGAUUCUGGAAAUUAAAUUUAAAUCUAACAACACACAACAAACAAACCGUGAUCUUUUUAUAGGUAUAAUCCAGUAGCAACAGAAGAAAACCCAAAUAACUUUAUCAAAGUACUGAAUACUUUAAUACCGAUUAUAUUAAUCAAUGAUUAUCGCAUGGCUGUAAAAUACUACAGCAUGUACGUGGUGAUAAAAAUAUUUAUCAAAUAAGGACACGUCAGUACAAAAACAAUUGUUAUGAAUCGUGCUAUUAUUAGUUUAAAAUUGUAAUUAAAAUCGACAUGACAGCACUGAAUAUUGUUUUUUUAACAUUUCUGUGUGUAGCCGUCGAAGGCGGCGUGAUUGUGGAGACAAAUAGUGGUAAAGUAGAAGGUUUAGAAGUGAAAUCUAUAAUUAAAGAUGAGAAAUUUUACUCAUUUCUGAGUAUACCAUACGGAAAAGCACCGAUUGGUGCGUUAAGGUUCAAGGCACCUCAACCUCAUGAAGGCUGGACCGAUGUUUUAAAUGCCAAGAAGGAAAGAAAACAAUGCGCUCAAUAUUACGUUCCAAUGAGACCCGUUGAUGAGGUUGGUUUUUGCGGCUCAGAAGAUUGCCUUCACUUGAACAUCCACACUCCAAAACUUCCAAACAAUAACGAACCGAAUCUACCAGUCAUAGUUUUCCUUUACAAUGAAUAUUUCAGAAUAACAUAUAACGCCUCAAAAGAAUAUGGCCCUGAUUUCUUUAUGAAAGAAGAUGUUAUUCUUGUCACCAUAAGUCACAGAGUAGGAACAUUUGGGUUCGUAUCAUUUGGUGACGAUCUGCUGCCGGGUAAUUCCGGGGUAAAAGAUGUCAUAUUAGCAUUGAAAUGGAUACAAUCGAACAUUAACAAAUUCGGAGGAAACCCUUUCAAAAUAACUUUAAUGGGCCAAGAUGGAGGUGCCGCUAUGGUGGACAUUCUGCUACAUUCACCUAAAGCUAAAGGUUUAUUCAGCGGUGCGAUUUUACAAAGUGGCACGGCAUAUAGUUCCAUGUUUUUCAAUACGAAACCGAAAGAUAGAGCUUUAGCCAUAGCUGAAGUUCUUGAGAGGAAAUUGAGUAACAGCGCCCAAUUUAUUAGCGAGUUGGGCUCUAUAGCUGCUCCGAAAAUAAGCGAAUCGGAACUGAUGGCUAUUCACGCUGACGAUUCGCGGAAAUAUCAAGUUCCUAUUCUCGCAAACGGUCCUGUUGUUGAACACGACCAUCCGGACGCGGUCAUUACUAAGCGUCCUGAAGACAGCUUUCUUGAUGUCGAAAUCCCCAUCAUGAUUGGAUACAACACCCGAGAAAGUAUUGAAAUGAUGGAACGCUAUUUACGGAAACCACAGUAUUUGACGUUUGCUGAUCGCGAUUUCCUGAUGAUGUUUCCAAUUCGAGUGGAUUAUCAUUUCGAGCUUAAUACAAAUGUAUAUUACGAAGCUAUCCAAGAGAUCAAAGACUUCUAUUUAGAAGAGGGCUACGUCAAAAUCAGUAAGCCCGGUGAAUUUAUGACCUACAUGACGGAUAUAAACACUUUUUACUCUGUCGAUUACGCUGUCAGGAGAUAUUUGAAUGAAAGUUCUGCUCAAAUCUAUUAUUAUGCAUUUGACUACAGCGGCGACUUGAAUAUGAGGAAACAGAAUAUAUUAAAAGACGCAAUGAUAUUGGAAGGCACAUGGGGUGCGUCGAUUGGUGAUGAACUUUGUUAUCUAUUUGUAUGCAAACCGAUUAUUAAAACUUACUUGAAGGCGUUGGCUGAAGAAGAUUCAGAAGAAAUUAAAGUAUUAAAAUCUAUGGUACGCAUGUGGACAAAUUUCGCUAAAACUGGGAACCCAACUCCACCUGGUGAGUCGUUUCAAUGGAAACCUGCAGCUAAAAACACCAAAGACUGUUUGAUGAUUAGUGAUGAACUGGAGAUGAAGACCAACUUGCACGAGGAUAGAAUAAAGUUCUGGGAUGAUUUUAUUGAAAAAUACAGACAGAUAGCUGUAGAUGGUGUCGUCAAAGGAACCAAAGAUGAACUUUAGAUGAAUAAAUAAAAAAAUUAUAAUUAAA